GUGUGCGGCUGUUGUUCUUUUGGUCUUAUUACAUUGGAUAGACGGCCCCUCUCUCUUUUUUUUUCUCUUUCUCUAGCUCUCUCUCUCUUUUCUUCUAAUUCCUUUUCUUUGUGCAUUUUCUUGUCACUUCUCAUCAUCUUGAUUUUCAGCUUAAAUAUUCAAAAAAAAAAAGAACCAAGAUUGACAGUAGCACAGUAUGUCAGUUUAUAAUCAUCGCCCUAUGGUGCCUGCACCACAAAGUCGUGUCGUCGAGAUGCUCGAGUCUAUUCGAGGCGAGUUUGACCAGUUGGCACAAGAGCUUUACCUUUGCAAAUCUCAAAGAGAUGACUUUGAACAUAAAAUGAACCAACAAAUAUCUGAAAUGAAUAGCUUCCAACAAAGCCUACUUGAACUUGAACGUACUCAGCAAAAUCAAAAGAAGCACUACGAAGAUGAAAUUGCUAGGCUUCGUCAGCAAAUUGAAGCGCGCGGUGGCAACGCCAGCCAUCCUGGUAUUCCUUUGCCUGGUCAUCCUCAGCAACAACCUCCUCAUCCUCAACAGCCACCACAUACUCAACAACAAGCACAUCAACCUCCUCCACCCAAUAUUGGACCUGGUUCCAAUUACUUUGGUGGUAUCAUGAAUGCGCAUGGAAACCAAGCUCCGCCUGGGCUUGUGGCUCCACCACAAAUGUCUGAUCAGUCACCUAAUGGCCCUCCCCUUCCUCCCCACGGUGCCUAUCCUCCUUCCCAGCCUCCUCCACCUUCUUCUUCAGGCACUCCAGCAGGCUACAGCCAACCCCCUCCUCCAUCUAACCCAGGCUAUGCCCAAUCACCCAGAGGCAUGCCUACGCCACCUACAUCAGCACAUCCUCAACAACCACAAAGACAGCAAGAAUGGCCCAAUGGCUAUAACUAUCCUUCUCGUCCCGGCUCUGCAGCUCCUCCGCCUCAACAACAACAACAACCUCCACAAGGCAAUAACGAAUCACCCAGUUUGAAACGCAAAUCAGCGUCUUCUGUACCUACACCUCCUCAAAACAUCAAUACAGCUUCAUCCGCCAUGGUACCUCGUACCAAGUCCAUGGCAAGCCCUUCGAAUGCUCAUCAACAGCAACAAAGCGGCUUGGCUGAUGUUGAUCCUGAAAGUGUGCCUCCCAACAUGAAGGUUGAAGGUCAAGAUUGGUUUGCAUUGUUCAAUCCCAAGACCAACCGUCAGUUGAAGGUUGAUUUGGUUCACACCCUUGAUCAUGCCAGUGUUGUUUGCUGUGUCAAGUUUAGUGCUGAUGGUCGCUACCUUGCUGCGGGAUGUAACCGUGCUACAUUUAUUUACGAUGUUGCCACUUCUCAAAGAGUUGCUGUUUUACAAGACGACAAUAUUAAAAUGGAAGGAGAUUUGUAUAUUCGUUCUGUCUGCUUUAGUCCUGAUGGUAACUAUUUAGCCACUGGUGCCGAAGACAAGCAAAUCAGAAUUUGGGAUAUUCAAAAGAAGCGCAUCAUAAAUAUCCUUGUUGGUCAUCAGCAAGAUAUUUAUUCUUUGGAUUUUAGUCGUGAUGGUCGUUUGAUUGCUUCUGGCUCCGGUGACUGUACAGCCAGAAUUUGGAGUAUGGCUGAUGGUAAAUGUCUCCAUGUUCUUCGAAUCACAGAUCAUGAUCAAAAGGAUCCUGGUGUCACAAGUGUCGCUUUCUCUCCUGAUGGUCGCAUCAUCGCUGCUGCCAGUCUUGACAAGAUGGUUAGAAUUUGGGAUACACAAUCAGGUGUUCUUUUUGAACGAUUAGAAGGACACAAGGACAGUGUCUACUCUGUUGUAUUCAUGCCCGAUGGUAAAAUGUUAGUGAGUGGUAGUCUGGAUAAGACAUUGAAGCUAUGGCAAUUGGGAACAAAUGAAGGCCGUGGUAUUGGUAUGGACAGAGACAGAAGCAAAGGUCCUUGUAAGAUGACAUUUACAGGACAUAAAGACUUUGUGCUCUCAGUUGGCUGUACGCCUGAUGGUCGCUGGGUUGUUUCUGGUUCAAAAGAUCGUGGUGUUCAGUUCUGGGAUCCUCGAACAGGACAAACACAGUUUAUGUUACAAGGACAUAAGAAUUCAGGUACAUUGUUAUGUGAAAUAUAAACUACGUACUAACUCAUCUUAGUUAUUUCUGUUGCUAUCAGCCCAUCGGGAAGACCACUUUUUGCUACUGGUUCCGGUGAUAAUCGUGCGAGAAUUUGGAGUUAUGAUCCUAUUAAUUCUUAAAAAAAAAUGUCCAUUUUCUUUAUCUUCUUCUAUAUUCAUAAGAAUACAUAUCCCCUAAAUCACUUUUUUCCCCUUUUUUCUUCGUUUGCAAGCAUAAACAUUUCUUCUUGUUUGAUUAUAUAUAAUUUUCUUUUGUUCUUACAUAAAAAAAACCACAUAUACUUCUUUAUCACCUAAAUCAAGUUUUUUUGUGACAAUUUGUCAAAGACAU